AAGAUUUAUUUGUAAACAAAAUUGGCCAAGUCAAGUCAACGAUCGUUAUAGAAUCUGAUAAUCUUGCAUCAACAAAAUUAGGAAGAAUAUUGGUGGAUUUAGUGAUAUCGUUUCCUGUCCAAGGUGUAAAUCCGCAAGCAGUUCGUUGAAGAGAACAUGUCUGUUACGGAGAAGGACCUGUAUCGGGAUACAGCCGUACGUUAUCUCGGCUAUGCCAACGAAAUAGGAGAAGCAUUCCGACCGGUAAUCAAAAAGGUGUUUGUUCAUGCCAGCUAUGGUAUUGCGGUAGCAUAUGUGCUCGCCGACACGGCGGAUAAAUCCCGAAAGCAGUACGCAAAACCGGAAAUUCUUGGAGGCGGCCUCCGGGGAGCAGCAAUCGCCUCCGGGGACACCUUACUGUGGCAAAUGUUUGCUUCGGUUAUAAUACCGGGAUUUACCAUUAACAGAAUUUGCUGGCUUACAAAAAAAGCUCUCUCGAUGAACAAAGUGAAAGGUCCGGUGGGAAAAUGGGGACCAACUGCGAUAGGGUUACUGGCAAUCCCCUUCAUUAUUCAUCCCAUCGAUAAUGGGGUGGAUAUGGUGAUGGAUCAAACAUACCGCAAGUAUGUAAAAUAGCCAAAAAAUUGUCCUACCACAAAUGCCAAUUAGGUCGUCGCCAGCGUUUUAGGUAAUUUGUUGUUUGGUUGUUGUCUAUGGUUUUAGGAGCUUUAUAAUUAUAUCGAUUUAAGAGUUGUUUAGUAGGUACUUGAAAAUAUGUCUCGUCAGUUCUUUGUGGGUUCAUUUCAUUUAUCUUUAGUUCUGAAUGAUUAUCAAAUAGUCAUUUUGUAUUCGGUAUAAAUAUCAUUUCUAGUCUAGGAGUUUUUGAAUCAGUAUCUAAAUUAUGGUCAAAAUCAUCUAAAGUUUAAUUUCAUGAAUUUCUCAAUUCCGCCGUAUCGAACAUUUUCAUACACAAUUGGUACCAGAGUGAGAAAAAAAAAACAACACUAUUCCUUUUAUCUGCCUACAGGCCGAGUUAUUACCUUUUAUAUUACUCUAUAAACGAGGCCUUACUGUUGAGAUAGGUAUUUGCCAAGUUUCAAGCAUGUAGAGAAUGUAAAUAGGAUAACUACGAUCAGCACUGUCUUGUUUUAUAAAUAAGCGAUACCACAUUUGGUUUUCAAGAAAAUAUUCGGGCUUUUGAGGAAUUU